AUGUUCGCCGGCCGCCCGCGAUUCGUCCGCAACGGCAUCCUGUUGAUGGCCGUGAUCCUGACACUAUGGCAUCUCCAGCUAAUACCCCAGCGGCCAUCAUCAGAAUGGACCCGGCAUGAACAUUACAUGAACCACAACGCGUCGUCCAGUCAAUAUCCUGAGCCCAAAUCCAGCUUCAACUGGAGCAGCAUCAAUUUCCGCUAUCCUCCACAUAACUCUACACGGCUGCCAAGUCCGGGCAGGCCUCUUCCCCGGAUCCAGCACCGCUUCGGCGUCGAACAACCAAUAGCCGCCAAAAAGCAGAUGGAAAGGAUGCUCCAGGUGAAGGAGGUCUUUCUGCGAGCAUGGCAAGGAUACAAGAAAUUCGCCUGGAAGCAGGAUGCGCUACUACCCAUCAGCGGCCGCGGAAGGGAGCAGUUCUCGGGCUGGGCGGCGACCCUCGUUGAUUCCCUGGACACGCUUUGGAUCAUGGGCUUACGAGAUGAGUUUGACGAGGCGGUGGCGGCGGUGGCAGAGAUUGACUUUGGAUCUUCGACGAGUAACCGGGUCAACAUCUUUGAGACCAACAUUCGCUAUCUCGGAGGCUUGCUGGCGGCGUAUGAUCUGAGUGGCAGGGAAGUGUUGCUUAAGAAGGCGGUUGAGCUGGGAGACCUCAUAUAUGCCGGAUUCAACACCGAGAACGGCAUGCCUGUCGACUUUCUCAACUUUCACUCAGCCAAGUCGGGAGAGGGGCUGGUCGUUGAAGGCUCCGUCGUAUCAGCAUCACCGGGAACGCUGUCUCUAGAGCUGGCACACUUGUCGCAGGUCACAGGAGACCCAAAAUACUACAGCGCCGUGUCACAGGUGAUGGAUGUGUUUUAUCAGGGCCAGAGCAAGACGAGCGUCCCUGGAGUUUGGCCGAUGAACGUGAAUAUGAUGGCCAAAGAUGUGAUCCACGGCAGCACUUUUACGCUUGGUGGCUGUGCCGACUCUUUGUAUGAGUAUCUCCCCAAGAUGCACCAGCUACUACGAGGUGGCGAGCCCAAGUAUGAGGCCAUGUCCAAGAUGUUUCUGAAGACAGCAGAUCGACACUUUCUAUUCCGUCCAAUGCUGCCAAAGGAAGAUGACAUUCUCAUAUCCGGCAACGUCAACGUCGACGAAAAGGGUAAUCCAGUGCUGGAUCCCGAAACGGAGCAUCUGACUUGUUUCGUAGGGGGAAUGUUUGGCCUGGCAGGCAAGCUCUUCAACAAUGCAGACGACGUCGAAACAGGCGUCAAGCUGACCAACGGCUGCGUCUACGCAUACCGCGCCUUUCCCACUGGUAUGAUGCCCGAGAGAAUCGACCUAGCCCCGCCGGAGUGGAAAAGUCAUCUGCCCAAGGGCUUCACCAGUGCCAAGGACCCGCGAUAUCUUCUUAGGCCGGAAGCCAUCGAGAGUGUCUUUUACUCGUACCGGAUCACAGGGCGGCGAGAGUUCCAAGACGCCGCGUGGGAUAUGUUUACAGCGAUCGCGAAGGGGACGGAAACGGCGUAUGCGAAUGCCGCAGUGCUCGAUGUUACGAUUGAUGGCGGGAAACUGCCUUUGGAGGACUAUAUGGAGAGUUUCUGGCUCGCCGAAACGCUGAAAUACUUUUAUCUCAUAUUUGCGCCGCCGGAUUUUAUCAGCUUGGAUGACUAUGUGUUGAAUACCGAGGCCCAUCCAUUUAAGCUUACGAAAUGA